UUAGAAUGCAUGUAUCAUGUACUAUGAUGUAUCUCAUUAAUUAAAAAAAAUUUAUCUCAUUAAUUAAAAAAAAAAAAACUUAAGACGGAAGAAAAGGAGGACAAAAAAAUCUUGUUCAAAAAUUCCCAGUUCCCAGGUCCCAUGUAAUAUAGUACACAGUAGAGAGUACACAUGUCCAACCAUUGUGAACACUCAGACACCGUUCGCUUUUAUAUGUGUUUUCCUUGCUUCCUCGUCAUCAUCAUUUCAUCCCACCAUUUUCAUUCAAUCCUUCUGAAAAUAUCCUCCGAAUGAACGUUUUGGUGAUCUUACGUCACUGCUGACAUCCCUAUUGACCGACUUUUGUUUUUCUUGCAGCCCCCUUUUUUCAAUUAAGUUCUGAUUUACUAUGGAAAUAUUUUUUCAGUUUGAGCCCAAGUCAUAGCUGAAGUUGCUGGUGGUUCUUAACUACCGACCCUUUUGAUUGAUUGCUUGUUUGAAGGGAUAUGUCGUGAGUUUUGAGGGCUCAAUAAAAGGUUAACUACAUUAGUUUUUAUGGUAAAAGGGUGAUUAGGUGGUACAAGGAGAUAUUUUAUUUCCCUCCCUGUAGCUUGCUAAGAAAGAAGGGUUUUUUGUAUUGGGGAAUUAAAAGGAAGUUAGGCUGUUGAGAAGUGAUCUCUUUUGUGGGUUUUUAUUUGGGAGGUUUAUAGUGAAGUGUGGUGAAGAGCGUUUUUAAAGAUGAACAGGCGGACUAGAAGGUGGUCUAGUGCUAGGGAAAGGUGUGAUGAAGAACCUACCGUUCUUGAUCAUGAAAUAGCACAUCUAACGAAAAGUUUGUCAACCCCACACAAGCAUUUCAGAAGAGUGUUACCGGGCAAGGUGGCAUUAUCAGUUUCACCAGUAAAAAUGCUGGGUGGUAGAGAGAGCAAUUUUUCUGGAAGAGGGAGAUUCAUGGCGCGGGAUUGUUGUCAUCUAGAGAGUCGAUAUACACCUGUUAAUCGCCACCCUUCAGUUGUUGAUAAGAUGCACAGCGGUGCAUACAUUUCGCAGUUUUCGGAGGAUGGUUCUCUGUUUGUCGGAGGAUUUCAGGAUAGUCAUAUUAGGAUCUAUAAUGUUGAUCGAGGAUGGAAAAUUCAAAAGGACAUACGAGCUAGGAGUAUGCGGUGGACGAUUACCGACGCAUCUCUCUCUCCAGAUCGCCGUUAUCUUGCUUAUUCAAGUAUUACUCCGACAGUCCAUAUUGUUGAUGUUGGAUCUGCAACCACAAAAUCAACAGCGAAUGUUACGGAAAUUCAUGAAGGUCUGGAAUUUUCGUCUGAUUCUGCAGACUAUGAAGACGAUUCUUUUGGAAUUUUCUCAGUAAAGUUUUCAAAAGAUGGGCGAGAAUUAGUUGCUGCGAGUAACAAUGAGUCAAUAUACAUUUAUGAUCUUCAAGGAAACAGAUUGAGCCUUUCUAUUCCUGCUCAUGAGAAUGAUGUUAAUGCUGUAUGUUUUGCUGAUGAGACUGGUCAUCUCAUUUAUUCUGGCAGCGACGACACCCUCUGUAAGGUCUGGGACCGUCGCUGUCUUGGAGCAACAAAGAAGCCAGCUGGCAUGUUGAUUGGACAUCUGGAAGGAGUUACAUUCCUUGAUACUCGGGGGGAUGGCCGUUAUCUUAUAUCAAAUGGAAAGGAUCAGUGCAUCAAGCUCUGGGAUAUUCGCAAAAUGUCAUCUAGAACCAAUUACACGCCAAGAAGCACCCCUCAUUGGGACUACAGAUGGAUGCCAUAUCCAGAGCGUGCAAGAAAUAGGAAAAACCCUGAUGACAUUUCAUUGACUACAUAUAAAGGCCAUACCGUUUUGCUCACUCUCAUACGAUGUUAUUUCUCUCCGGCUCAUAGCACCGGCCAGAAGUAUAUCUACACUGGAUCUGCAGAUAAUUCUGUGUAUAUUUAUGAUUUGGUACGUGUUCUCUCCUCUGCUUCUUUCAGCGAAUAUCAUUUGCAUCUUUAUUUUUUACCUUUUUUUUCCUCCACGUUUUUAAAGGAGCUGGUAUUUGUGACUUCCACAAGAUUUAUGGAUGGCCACAAUUACUAUUUGAGUAUGUCCUCACGCAACAAGUGGAAGGGUAUCUCCAUGGAUUUUAGUUUAGGAAACAAGCAUAUUGUUGUAUUGGAGUUGUGAAAGCUCUUAGUUUGUGUCUUUCUCAAUCCGUUACCAUGGCGUAACUUUGUGCUUGCUCUUUAAAGCUCCUGCCAUUUAGAUAGUCCCAAUCUUCUUUAUUCAUCUUUAAGCACAGACUAUUUCUGUUGUAUUUUGCCCUGCGUUCAUGAAUCCAACACAAUUUUUGUGUACCUUUCCUGCAGGUGAGUGGAAAACAAGUUGUAAGACUUGACUACCAUGACGCACCGGUGAGAGACUGCAAUUGGCACCCCUUCCUCCCUAUGUUUAUUACUUCGUCGUGGGAUAAAGUCAUCGCUGACUGGAAGUUCACUAGGAGAGACGACGAAAGCAGCCCUCCGCCUGAGAAGCGGACAAGAAGAGGUAGGGGGCCUCGGGGAAUGCUUGUUGAUGAGCUACUCUCAUAAUUCACUGAAAAUGUGAGUUCCACCAUUGUCUGUGAAUAAAAUUCCUAGUUGACUACAAAUAUCUUAAUACUCCCUUGGCAUGGGAAAUAAAAACACUAAAUAUGGGAAUGUUUUGAGCUUUUUAUUGUAUUGAUCCUAUAUAAAUCUGUUAUUUAACAUGGGCACUUCAAUUUAGGUUCUUGUUGAAGGAUACUAGAAUAGACUGUUCUAUAUAUGCACACUCCAUAACUCUUGAAAGGUUGAAGGAAAAAAUAGUUGAGUCUGUCGGUUAAAGGUUGUUUCUUGGGACUGAUUAAUCACAAGCUCUUUGCGAAAACUAGAUGUGAUAAAGGAACUAUUUAUUUGCUUUGUUGAAUGAAUGGAUGAUUGAGAAGCUUGUCAGCACUCCAUCUAUAUUCCACAGAUACAAAUAUUUUCCCCAGGAAAUCUUUCCCACAUUCAGAUAUGUAUUCAGGUUUCUGAGGUUCCCAUCGGUCUUCGGCUUUCCAAAUGCGUUCCCCGCCAUUCAUCAUCUCCAAUACUAGGCAUCCAAAUGACCAGAUGUCAGCCGGCGUCCCCUGCAUCCCAGACUGCAUUGAUUCCGGUGAGGCGUAAUAAGGUGUUCCUCGAAAUUCCAUGAUCUCCUCACUCACCCUCUUACUUAACCCGAAAUCAGCCAAUUUUAAACGAUGCAAACCGCCAUCUUGUGCUGGGAAAACAAGAACAUUGUCGGGUUUAAUAUCGCAAUGAACCACUCCUUUCCGAUGAACGAAAGAAAGCCCUCUUAGCAACAUGGAAGCGUAACCAGAAACAACAGUUUCCGGCAUGACAUUGUUAUAACUUGUGAUCAAGUCUUUAAGUGAACCACCAGGUGCAUAUUCCAUGAUAACAUUGUAAACCAUCCCUUCAUUAUCUUCUUGACUUACCUCUUCCCCGUAACACUGAAUAACGUACGGAUUACCCUUGAGUUUCUUCAAGAACAAAGCUUCUCUCUUCAAACUCGCUGAAUUCUCUAGCGCCGCGGAUUUUACAGCAACCUUGUUAGGAAUCCGAAAACCCGGAGAAUCGGCUAAAUGUACCUUCCCGUACGAUCCAGCACCUAGUUUGUUGAACUUCUGCCACAUUGUUUGUUGAUUAACUGUGAAGAAAUUAAUUUAGGACUAGUAAAUGAUAUUUCAAAAACUUGAAAAAUUCACACCAGCAUUGACAGUAUCCGGGUCAUUAGUUCUUAGAUAAUUGUGUUAUACCCUGAAGCUGACGGAUAAAAAACCGGAACAUGAUGAAUUUGUUUUUUAUAUGAAUCAGAGGCAACACCAUAUUUAGAUUCAUAAACGGUUUACAAUUCUAAUCAGUUUUGGAAUAGGAAACCAUCUUAGCUAACAGGAACGUGUUACACAAAUAAGUUUCUUUUUUUCCCUUUUAAUUGCUGCUAUUAUUAUUUGCUAUUAUUAUUUGCAUAAGAAUGUGUGUGUGUGUGUGUGUG